CUAAGCAGGCGGCACUGACUUUCUGGCUGUGUAUUUAAUUUGAAAGUCGUUUAAAAAUGGACAGCGUAAAACUUCAGAGUUUUAAGACCUUUUUAACGGAACAGUUCACCAGUCUGGCCGUGGAGGUGUUCAGCGAGGUUGAAAGCAUGAUGGAGUCUUGCUACGAAGAAAACAGACGGCUGAGGAGCGUGCUGCGCAUGGUGCUCAGCCCUGAAAUAAAGUUACCCAGGAUAGAUGUUGAUCUGUACAAAGAAACAACCAUGAAUACCAGAAGCCAACCUUCAGAACCAAAUACGCUGAACCUUGAAACAACAGAGCCUGUGAAUAAAAGACCAAAAGAAGAGGAUGUUGAAUGUGAAAUUAGCUGGGAAAUAGAACAGCAACAAUGGCCAGGGGAAGAAGAAAACUUCAUCAUCCCAGUUAGAGUAAAAGACGAUCCUGAAGAGGAAGCUGGAACAACAACCUGCAUGGCUGAGCAGCACGAAUCUUCUUCCACCCUCUCAGCGGAUAACUACACUAGCGAACAGGAAGAUGGUUAUUCCUCGGAGGCAGAUGAUGCUGCUGCACAUUCCUCACUGCAAGUCCUAGAAGAAAACACGGAGGACAAUUGGGAAAAUGCUGAAACUACAAGUACAAAUAAGUCAAAGUUCUCUCUACAGAAAACCAUGCUACAGAUGCCUAGAAUCAAGCUCCAAAAGUCUUUUAUGCUUUCCCGAGCUGACCAAGAGGCCUUUUUCGAGAGGCUUUCUGAAUCGUUUAACGAUUUUCCUGACGACCAGAAGCCACUAAUAACCAAAAUGGGCCUUGGUAAGAAUGUAGAAUGGGUUGAGUGUGCUCUUGGUGAAGUUCCUAAAGGUUCUCCCAUUUCUUACCAAUACCCCCUGCCAUCUAGUAAGGAUUUUCAGCCCUGUGAGAAUGCCCCCUCUCUGCCAUCGCUUCCUUUGCCCUUUCACACACUGGAACCAAUGUCCCUCUCUACUACUCAAACUCCUCAAGAGGAGGCUUUCUUAAAUGCAAUGACUGUCACCUGGGAAGAGGCCCAUGGCCUGGAGAUGAGUACCCGGGGAAGUAAAGAGGCUGCCGAUAAGUUACUUAUGAUGCGCAUCACCAGUCGUUUUAGAGAAAUCUGCAAGCUCAAGCCUGGAAAAAGUCAUGCCGACCAGUUUCUUUCUAAGAUUCAGAAAGGAAAUGCCAGAUGCAAGACAUCCCAGAUUGAUGAGGAAAUGAAGUCGGGGGUUCUUCGGGAAUACUGUCGAAAAUUGUACAUCAACUGGUCACCUUGUGGUUUGGUUGUUCACCCAAGUGCCCCGUGGUUGGGAGCCACCCCUGAUGGGCUCGUGUUCGACCACAAAGAGACGAGCAGCUUUGGGCUGGUACACGUCAAGUAUGUAAAUGCAAAAAGCUUCAUAGAGUGUCAGGCUCUGAAAUGUAGUAAUGGAGUCUUAGAGCUAAAGAGGGCCGACAAGCAUUAUUGGGAAAUGCAAGGACAGAUGAUGGUGACAGGCACGCCAUGGUGUGAUCUAGUGCUGCAUUCCAGAGAAGACAUACUGGUCCAGCGGAUCUAUCGUGAUGAGAGCCUCAUCAAGUUGAUGAAAAACAAGCUGGAAGAAUUCUUCUUCUUACACUAUCUGCCUAAUCUGAUUUAACCGAACACACACUUAGAAUCUGAUUUUCCUUUUCAGCAUCUCAGGUUUCCUGUUGGAUAAAAGUUUUUUUCACUAUAGCUUCACAACAUACAGCUUAUCAAACCAGAUUGUUGUGGAAAAACCAGCUUUUAUAUAACGUGAUAUUUACAGUUAAAAGUAUUUUAACUUGUGCUCCAAAUACAACAAAUUUAAGUCUGUAGUUUGUUUGGUUUCUGAAGCUAGAAACACCAGGAUUGUUUAACUGACCUUACCGGUGUAACUAAGGAACUGCUCUAUAUAAUAUUUGUUGUAGCUGGGGUGAAAAUUAAAAUAAUACUAGGUUCUUGUAAUGGUUUUACUUUGGAGUAUUUAAUUAUUGUUCCUUUGUUUAUUGUAUAAGGUUUGGUUUAUCUAAACUUUUGAUAUAUUUUAUUUUUCCUUUUUUUCUUAUCAAAACUUGAGAAAUGUUGUUAGAAUUUUUUUU